GACCUGUUCAGCUCAACAUGAUACCCCAAUAUUUCACCAAAGCCCGCUCAAUAUAUGCACAGUACAACAUCACAAAUGCGCAGAUCAAUGUUCUCAAAGCUUGCUUGGUAGAUGAAACUUUCGCUACCAAGGAAGCCGUGAAACAGCUAACUGCACACCCUGAAGAAUCCUCGACGCCUUCUGAGCAGCACCAGCGGCUUGCCGGCUUCUAGACCAUUCUUAACUACACCACUGUGAAUAUACCACCCCCCACAACCCACGGUUAUCACAAUCU